UCGUAUCGUCUCAUUUAUUCACUACUGCAGCUGUGCAAAGAAGGUGUCCAGAGAGAGCAGUUGUCUGAGGCGUCUGUUUCCUUCCUGGUAAUUCUUCGCCGCCUGAAGCCAAACACAUGAUGGCAGAAAAGCCUUUAACAGACUGGAGCAGCAAUCUGUGUGACUGCUUUGAGGAUGCCAGUACCUGCUGCUAUGGUUUCUGGUGCUGCCCCUGCCUCGCCUGCACCGUCUCCAGCAGAUUUGGAGAGAACCACUGUCUGCCCUUGUGCGAUGCCUUCUCCCCUGCUAUACUCACUCUCUGUGGAAUACCUUGCUUUGCUCCUCCUGCAGGCUUGUCUCUCAGAUCCUCCAUUCGCAACAGAUAUGGUAUCAAGGGUUCAGUCUGUAAAGACAUCUUUACUUCCUGUUUCUGCGUGUGGUGUAACUGGUGUCAGAUGCACCGGGAGUUAAAACAUCGCAAGAAAAUCCCCACUGUCAUCGCUACGCAGCCGUCAUCGCAAAACGUCAUCAACGUGAACGUUUCUCCUACGAUGAAUGUUCUUCAAAGCCCAGCUCCGACUUUUAUGAACCAACCAGGAGUCUUAAUGGCUCAAUACUGACAGCUGUGAUGCUGCUUUUGUCCUUAUGUAUCUUUUGAUCUCAUUACUGUCAAGUUUCAGUUUUACUUUUACUGUAUGGUGACAUUUGUAGCAACAAUGACAAUGUUUGGGUUUAUUUUCUCUCUCGUUCUCUCUGAGCGUGGGAGAGAAAAGCUCUAGCGAAAUCCUAUUAUUCAUUGGUUUAUCUUUUAUCAUUUUACUCAUCCAUCAUCUCUAUUGGCCUCUUAAUUUUAACGGUCAUGAGGAUUUGCUGAAGUCCGGUCCAGCUCUCUUCCUGCUUGGACAGGCUCCCAAUGAGUUGAUCAGCCAAAUGUUGACUAACAACCACACAUGCUGAUUUCAUUUCCAAUGAGACAUUUAAAAUCAACAUGUGAAAAAUAUAAGAUGCAAAUAAAUACUUUGCCAUGUCAAUUUUUGUCUUGCCAGUUGCAACCUCCUGCCAGUAGAGGGAGACGCAUCCCAACU